UGAGUUUGGAAAAGAGGGAUGCGAUUAUAGGAAAUGGACAAGGUGAUGCUCAAAACUCCUCAGAAAGCAUAGAAAGCAACCCCGAUGAGUGAGCUCACGCAGCUGCUCACUAUAUAAACAGCAACAUGUGGACGAGACGCGCUCAAGUUUCCUGAUCACACCGACUGUCAGAACAAAGCGGCGCAAACGCGACGCGCUCCCGUGUUUGAGCGAUGUGUGGAUUAUUACCGCGGCUAUUAUUAUAAUGAGUGGCCAUGGCGUGGUGUGACCGUGGGAUUCAGAUGCUGCUGGCCACCGUCGGGGCUUUCGUGGCGUUUAGUUUGAUGAGCAUCGCCAUCGGGACCGACUACUGGCUUUAUUCUCGGGCAUAUAUCUGUAACGCCACCAACAUCAGCACGGAUGAGACGCAGCCCAAGAAGGUCCGCGGAGAUCUCACGCACUCAGGGCUCUGGAGGAUCUGCUGCAUAGAGGGUCUCAACAAAGGAAGUUGUUACCGAAUCAAUCAUUUCCCAGAUGACAAUGAUUAUGACACAGACAGCUCUGAAUAUCUCUUACGUAUCGUACGCGCCUCCAGUGUGUUCCCCAUCCUCAGUACCAUUCUGCUGUUGCUGGGGGGGCUGUGUGUCGGGAUAGGACGCAUCUACAGCAAGAGGAACAACAUAAUACUCAGUGCAGGGAUACUAUUUGUGGCAGCAGGUUUGAGCAACAUCAUCGGUAUAAUCGUCUACAUCUCCAGCAAUGCCGGUGACCCCAGUGACAAACGAGACGAAGACAAGAAGAACCAGUAUAACUACGGUUGGUCGUUCUACUUCGGAGCGCUUUCUUUCAUUGUGGCCGAGGCGGUGGCCGUUCUGGCCAUCAAUAUCUACAUUGAGAAGAACAAGGAAGUACGGUUCAAAGCACGCCGUGAGUUCAUCAAGUCUACCUCGUCCUCUUCGCCGUAUUCUCGCAUACCCAGCUUUCGCUAUCGUCGACGGCACUCGCGCUCCAGCUCUCGUUCAACGGAAGCAUCCCGCGAAGCGUCACCCGUGGGCAUGAAGAUGAUGAGCUCGGUGCCUGUUGGAGAGAUCAACAUGUACACAUUGACAAGAGACCCCCUCAAGUCAGGGACGGACAGCUCCUACAGCCCAGACCACGAUUCGGGAUUCCUCCAAGUGCACAACUGCUUUCCCAAAGACCUUAAUGAUGGUAUCAACAGGAGGACAACACCUGUAUGAAGGUACACACUGGAACAGAAGAGAUCAUGUUAAGGCUAUACUGAAUGGAUAGCCAUCAGGGCUCAGUGGCCUGUGGCAGAUGCCAGUGGAAGGGUUACUCAUUGGUGAAGCCAGUCAACCAGUGACGUCUCUCAUCGGUGAAGGAGAAGCAAGAAAGAAGUGAAGUGAAGAAGGAAAGAUUUCAUCUCGACAUUCAACAACCAUUGUGAACACGCUAAUUUGUUUUUCUCCUUGCUUGGUCCUCAUAUAUAAACAGGAAUUUUCAGAGAGACUCAUCUCUCAUCAAAGGGCAAGACAUGCAAAUGUAAAACGGAUGGUCUUUGGCAGAUAUUAAGAACUUUGAGUAAGCCAGUCCAUUCCCUUGGUUGAUAAAUAUCUUUUUGUUUCUCAGUACAGUGCCAUACUCUCAUGUAUACCAAUGUGAUAAUGACUCUCACAGUAUGAGAUGGUGCUAACAUAGGCUCACAGCUGAAGCCUUCCCAUUAUUGUGUGUUCAGUACAGACUCAAAUUGAAUACUGAACACCCUGGUUUGUGUCAUAUGUUUGUAGCCACAGUUGUCUAUUCAGUGUGCCUAUCAUCUUGGCAGUAUCAACUGCUCAGACUUACUCUGGAGCCACUUUGCAACAGUGCAAAACUAUAUUCCUCUCUUUUUGUUGUUGUUGUUAACUAGAAAUAUCAGUUGUAUUACUAAAUAAUCACUGGGACAAUUUAGUUUAGGAGAUUUAUGACUACUAACACCUUGCUGAAAAGACCAGCUUGGAUUUUCAUGAUGUUCUGACUGGUUUGUUCUGGUCUGGUGCUUUCCUAUGUGGCGGACCUGCUUAGACAUGCUGUUCAUCAGCAAAAUUUGACUAAGGAAGUCUUGCUGGAUAAAGUCAGCAUGAUAUAGCAUUUGUAACCUAUUUUAUUUUUGUCAUAUGACGUAUAUCUGAAUGAAAUGCUGGAUUGGACUUUGUCCUUUGGAAACUGAUUGGAUUAUGAAAAGUUUACUCGCGUUCCAAAUCAAAAAAAAAAAUUCCAAUAAUGUCCAGGCAGCUAUUUUCCAUAUAAAGAAUGUGAAUGAGAAUGCUGUAGUAAACCAGAAUUAUGUCUAAUCAUCUCCAGUUGCAAUCAUGGACUGGAAAGGAAGAUUAUCAGUGAAUAAUAACUUGGAUUACUAAUGGACAACUAUUAUGAUGCUUUUAUGUCAAGUGUACCUUAUGACUCAUACACGAUAUUCCAAUUGACUGAACCAUUGAGUCACCUUAGAAAAAAAUCAGUCCAAUAAAUGAAUCAUUCCAACCUUUUGUGUGAACUUGAUUGCACAAAAUACACUGAAAUGAUCCAAUGCAAAAGAACGACUUGUUCACAAAUCAGAUUUUGAAGCUCGACAGACCCUGUUGUCAUUCACUUUGAUUAUAUGGAAAAGGGUGGCCAGGAUAUUUCUUUAAACGAAUGAGUAUCAAUGUAAAGUUGAUGGAGCAUGAGCAGAGCCAGACCAGUGGGUGAAACUUACAUUACUUUUUUGAAAGAUUACAAAGACAGUGAAAGAUUAUAGAAACAUUUUUCCAUGUGCACUGAUGAGUCAUGCGGAAUAAUGCACAAUAAGCCCAGAGAUGUUUAUUAAGCAAGUAAAUUUAGUCAGUUUUGAUUUUACGUUGUGUUAAAGCUAGUUCAGGAGUCUGGUUUAGACUCCAGGGUUCCUUGCUCAGCACCAGCAUCCAAAACACAUCAUGUGAUGGUGACCAGCUCUAUGGUCUUUUCAGCAGGGAAAUAUAGCAGUAUUCAACAGGCCUCAAGUUUUAUACUAUCACUUCAAAUUCUGACUGCCAUUGAUAGUAGAUCAACAAGUGUCAGUAGUUAACCAGCCAGUGUUGUCACUUUCCAUUGUGAAUCAGUCAAAGAAUGAUGUAAUUUCUCAGUCUUCAUCUCCAUCGAGGGGUUUCACCUCUACUAAAGCUCGGUGUUUGCCUGAAUGUGGGUUAAAUAUAGCCACUCCUUCUCGUGAAUUUGAGUGAUGGCUGUGCAACGUCUGAAUGGGGCACCUUUGGGGAUCUGACAUUGUUUGAGUCCGCUGAUAAAAGGAGUGCUGAGAAAUGUCAGACAUCCGGAAACGAAAGACAAGUUUUGAGUCGGUCAGCCCUGAGAAGCAUUUCAGUGACCGCUGAUAAGUAUCUAGGGCAGAGCAGUAUGAAAGACAUCAGUGUGGCCGAUCCAGCCCUUUAGAAGACCAUUCAAAGUGUCUUAGCCUCACCAGAGCCUUAUGCCUGGAUUUUUCUUUGAGUCUACAAUAUAACCUCAUCUCUUCUUUGUUACUGCUGAUUUUCCUCUCCCAUCUCGCAUCCCCUCGACAGAUCCUUAGUGAAGAAUCUAUCGCUUUUUCCCACUAAGGACUGCAUUAUCCAUGUGAGCGGUCAAAUCCAUGUCGCUAAAAGUGUUUCCUCACAAAAGGAGAGGUUGCAGGUAGAUGUAAAUAUCUGGUAGGUGUUUCACUAAAUUGAAGCAUUUACAGCUACCUUUUCUUAGUAAAGCCAUUUUGACACAAGCUUUUGAGCCGUGGCUCUUUGUAGAACGGUGUGUGGUGGGUAGAUGUAAAUGUUUGCAUGUUUUUCUCUAACCCAUUGACUUUGUGUGCUUUUAACAGUAUUAUUAACAGGAUGACUCCAGGAUGCCUCACUGCCAAGCAUUGCUCACUAUAAAUACCUGUAAUGUUCUCUCUGUUCUUCAUGGAAGACAAUUUGUCCUUCUGGUUUUCUUGAUUUGCUAAUGUUGUUCUUAGUAUUUCUCUGUAUCACAGACAAGUCAACAUAUCGUUGCUCACAUAAAUAAAUUUAAUCGAGGAACGGUGUCUCGCUUAUGCAUUAUGUGCUUUGUUAUGUGAUUUUUGUGUUUUGUAACGGUACUAGGAAUAAUAAAACAGCCUAGCAGCCUAUAUUUCCAUAAUAAAGAACAUAAUUAGAAAGACAAUUAGUUUUUUUAGAAGGCAUUUGACACUUUAAAGUACAUCUAAAGAUAUAUUUUAAAGAACAGAUUAUGUGACUUAAACUUAUGCCAUUAUUUACUCACCCUCAUCUCAUUCCAAAUCCAUUUUUUCAAUAAUGUCAAGGCAGCUAUUUUCCAUAUAUUGAAAGAAUGACUGAGGAUUGGUGUUUUAAUUUAUCACAAUUAUGUCCAGGGCAAUAGACUGACUUCAUGAUACCAGUUGCAAUGGUUAACCUGACUGGAAAGGAAGAUUAUCAGUGAAUAUUAACUUGGAUUACUAAUAGGCUACUAUUAUGAUGCUUUUAUGUCACGUUGUCCUUAUGACUCAUACACUAUAUUCCAAUUGACUCAAUUAUUGAAUCACCUGAGAACUGAAUCAGGUCCAGUGAAUGAAUCGUUCCCACUGUUUGUGUGGGAACUUGAUUGUAUAAUAUACACUGAAAAGAUCUAACUCAAAAUGCUUUGUUCACAAAUCAAUUGUAAUUUUGAAGCUUUACAGCCCCAGUCCUCAUUCACUUUCAUUAUAUGGAAAAGGGCGGCCAGGAUAUUUCUUUAAAUGCAGCAGGUGUGCAUUAUGGUCAUACAGGUUUGAAAUAACAUGAGGGUGAGUAAAUGAUGACAGAAUUUACAUCUUAUGUGCUGUUCUUCCUCUAUGAAUAAUGCUGAGAUACUUUGAGGAUGAAACAAAGUGAGGAAUGUCAUGUAAAAUGUGAAAACUGGCCAAAAUGUCAGUAUUUUGAACAUUUUCUGA